CAAGCAAACAAAACAUUGAUAUAAUGGAGAGUAUGACAACAAGUUCGAAGUGUCACACAAUUAUUUAAUAAAUUUAAAUAUCUUUAUGAUGCAUUUCACAUAUAUUUCUUAUAUAUUAUAUAAUUAAACCGUUAGAUCAAAUAAUCUUGACUGUAACUUGACAAUAAAAAUGGAUUUGUACAAAAAGAAAAAUGUUCCCUCUAUUCGGUCACGCAACUUUGAUGAAACCAAGCUGAAAAAUGUCAUCAUUAAUACACAAAAAUCUUUUUACACCUUACAAAUUGCAGAAACGAAUAAAAGAAUUGAAAGAUUAGAAAAACGAAAUAAGGAAUUGGAGGAUAAUUUACGAGAUUUAGAUUAUUCUAUUCAAACUUUGCAAAAGGAAAAAGCACAAGAAAUAUCCAGUAUGAAUGCACAAAUAACUUCCAACGUGAUCAAGAUAGAAAAUUAUAAAAGACACCUAACUGCUCUAGAGAAAUCAAUGACCGAGGAUAAAUUUGCUUAUAUUAGAAAUGUCACAAAUAUAGAUGAAAAAUAUAAAAAUGCACGAUUUACACUUCUUUCGCAAAUGAAAUGUUUAAGGAGUAAAAUUAACGUUUUGGAAGAUUACAAGUCAAUGCAAGAUAUUCUGAAAAAGAAACUGAAUAUGCAAAAUCAAUCAUUAAUUCAUGAAACAGAACAAAUGGCAGAGAGUUUACAUCAGAUUGAAUAUAAAUUCAAAAUUGACACAGAAAAACUGAAAAAAGAAUUGUAUAAGCAUCUUCUGGAUCUGACUGGUGUGUUUCAACUUGAAAUAUCUCAGUAUAUAUUGCCUCCUAUAGCAAGAUUAUUGUUGGAAAAUGUAGCUGUACACAAUAAAUUGUUAACAAUCUCAGAGACUCAUGAAAACAAUAAUCAAAACAAUAUUCAACACAAAAACGCAAUAAAAAAAUAUAAAAGAGAAAUCAAUGAUAAUCACUUGAGCGCAAAACAUUCCGUAGGGAGCACUAAAAUUGAAAAAUCCGUGGUCACAAUAUUACGUAAAACUUACGAUGAAACGAAUGUCAAUUUAUCUAAACUGAUCAAACCCAGACUCAUAACCCGUUUUAUGGAACAGCAAUACAUAACCAAUAAAGAUAAUGCUCUGAUCAAAGCGCAAAAGUGCGAGGCACACGUAAAACAUUUAGAAAUUUUACUUUAUUUAGAAAAAAUGAAACUUUCUAUUGCUGAAAAUCAGAAACGAUGGAUAUCUAAUCAAUUGCAAAAACAAUUGCAGUCUUUUUAUGAUAUUAAAUGUGCGUUGACAAAUCUUAAUGCUGAACGAAUGACAAGCAACGAUGAGGAAAAAAAUUGUUUAUAAAAAAAUUGAUAUAUUUUAUUUGCAAAAAUAGAAUAAAAUCGCAUGAUAUAAUUUCGUUUUAUUUUGUGAACAAAUUGUUUAUUAUGAUAUUUCAAUAAAUAUUGUAAACUUACCCAAUUUUGUCUUUUAGAUUCUAUCUCUCUUAAUUAAUUGUAAAAUAUAACAAUUUCUUUAAUAAUAACAAGAAUUGCAUACUAAUUUUCAAAUAAAAAAAAAAGUAUAGCAGCACAGAGAUAGAUAUUGUACAUUCCUUAUUUUAGUUUGAUGUCAUCCAUAUUUAUUUUAUGAUCUGGUUUCACAAAUUUUUUCA